AACUUGUCGAGCGCCCAGUGUGAUAAACUAACUGUGGUCUUUACCUCCCAUGGGUUGCUUUAGUUGGGCAUCUAAAAAGCACAACCUCUUUUAGACGUGCUUUGUUCAAAGACACAGGUCUCUGCUAUAAGCUGUCCCUAUAAAUAGUCUAGUACACUAGCUCAUUUCAAAUGACCCCGAGCAUCGAUCAUAUAAUUUUCUAUAUAUUUCCCCACUCCUGCUCCUUAGACAUCCAACCCCAACACAAACCAUUGGAUCGAAUUCAGCUUUUGGAUUCGGUCUGAUGGUUUUGGAGUUCUAGUGAGUCUAAUUAAGAAUAACAUUUGUAAAUAUUCAGAAGAAGGAGGGAAGUACGCGCGUGGUUGAAUAAGAAAGAUGGACAAGGUGAUGAGGCUGGCAUCAGAAAAUCGGGUAGUGAUAUUCAGCAAGAGCUCUUGCUGCCUGUGCUAUGCGGUGAAGAUUCUGUUCCAGGAGCUGAAGGCAAACCCUGAGGUUCAUGAAAUCGACCAAGAGCCUGAAGGCAGGGAAAUGGAGAAAGCCCUACUGAGGCUGGGCUGUCCUGCUCCUGUCCCGGCCGUUUUCAUCGGAGGGAAGCUCGUGGGGUCCACCAACGAAGUUAUGUCCCUCCACCUAAGCGGCCAGCUCGCUCAACUCCUCAAAACUCCUCAAUCGAUCUCUUGAAUUGAUCACUCAUCUCCUACCUUAAAUGGAACAAUAAAUUGCACCCUUCACCAGGCUAGUCAUCUUAAUCAGUAUUGAAUGAGUAGCCUUCCCAGUCUCGUGUAUGUUUCCAGUGUUUUAACAUUCUAGCAUUUCAUUAGUUAUAUAUAAUAAUGUAAUCCCAUAUUUAUAUGUAUGUAUGUAUCUGUAUUCUCAAUGAAGUUUGAUCCAUUUUAUGUA